AUGAAAAAAAUAUUAUAUGAGUUAAAGUGUAUAGAAAAAGAAAAUGAAAGAAAUGGUCUAUGGGAAAAAGAAAUCGUGAGUCCUUGGUUAUACAAGCAUUAUAUAGAAAACAAAAAAAUUUUAAAUAAUUUAUACAAUAUUAUCAAGAAUUAUUAUGAUUUAAUUAAUUAUUUUGAAAGUAAAAAAAAAAAAAAUAUAUCUUUUGAUAUAAAAAAAAAUGAAAUUUCUGACAAUUUUGAUAACGGAAAUAAACGAUGGAUAUGGAAACAACAAAGGAAGGAAUUGGAAAUGGAAAUAAAUAUUUUAAAACUUAAAAGGGAAAGAAAAAAAUUAAUACAUUAUAAAUAUAAAGAUGAAACAAAGAAGGCUAUAAGAAUGGGUAAAUCAAUUAACACUUUUAAAAAUAUGACAAAACAAGUUUAUAUUUCAUAUAGAAAGGAUAAAAAAUUUGUGAAAAAAAAAGAAAAAAAAAUAUUAAUUAACAUUGAGAAAAAUAUUAUUUUUAAUAAUUUGAUUUUAGAAAUUUACAAAUUUACAAAUUCGAUAUGUAAUGUAAUUAACGAUAAUAUUUUUGAAGGAAGUAUGGAUAUAAAUAGUAGACAACUUAAAACGAACUUGAUAAAUAAUAAAUCAAAGAAUAAAAUAAAAAGUUUUAAAACUGAUAAUGAAGAAAUAAAAGAUAAAAAUAAUGAAUUUUUGAAUGUUGGAAUUUUAGAAUUAAUUUUUAAAAAUAGUAUUGAACUUAUUGGAAAAACAGAAAAUAAUUUGUGUAACAAUAAUAAUAAUUUAUUGAUUAAAAAAAUUGAUAAUAAUUUAUUAUAUAUAAUUGAUAACGAUAUUAAAUUAAUAAAAAUAAUGAUGUAUUUUAAUUUGAUAGAUAUAUUUAUUUCCUAUUUUUUAUUUAUUUCAAAAUGUGUAAAUAAAGAACUUAUAUAUUAUAUUAGUAUAUUUAUUAUAAUAAUAAAAAAGUUUAGGAAUAAAUUUUCAUUAUUAUCAAAAACAAUUAUUGAAAAUAAAAAUAUUUUUACAAUUUUUUUUUUAUUUUCAAAUGCUAUAAAAAAAAACAUACUUAGUAAUGAAACCAAUGUGUAUAGGUUUCCAUAUUUUGAGAAAAAGACAAAAUGGAAUAAUACUAACUUAUUUAAUAUAAAAUUGGAAAAAGGAAAGAAAUAUUUUCUUGAUGAUAUAAAGAAGUUUUAUUUUAACUUGAUGUAUACUUAUGAUAAACUGAAUAAUAAUAAUGUAAUUAUAAAAAAUAAAAUGCAAAGUAAACAAAUUGAAAAUAAAAAAUGUAAGAACUAUUAUUAUAGUGAAGAAUAUAUCGACAAAACAUGUUAUAAUGAAAAUGAAAAAAAUGUAAAUUUAUUAUUAAAUAAGGAAAAUGAUUUUAAAGAAAAAAAAAAAAAAGCAUUAAAACCAACUAAUAUUGAAAAUACAGAAAUGUUUGAUAAAAAAAAAACUAAUAUUGAAAACGAGCCUGAAUAUAUGACCUAUGCACAUGAUACCUUGAAUAUUAUAAAACUAAUAAAUAGUAUAUUUAUUAAAAAUGAAGAUAUUAUCGAAAAGAAAAUUAAUCAUAUAAUAUUAAAUGAUGAGGAAGAAUGUGAUUGUGUUAAUAUGGCAUUAAAUAUUGAUGAAGAAAAUAAAGAAAAUAUAAAAUUUUAUAAAGGUUACAUAAAAGAGCAUAUUUGUAAUUUUUUUGAAAAUACAUAUAAUUUAAAAAAAUUGCAAAAUAAUGAUUGUGUUAAGUUUAGAGAAGAAGCUAAGAUAAAAAAAAAUAAUAUAUCUUUAUUUGAAAAUUAUAAAAAUAUUUUCCACAAAUUUUUUUAA